AUGGCUUCUUGGGAUCAAUGUCUUCGUGAAAUGUUUCGCCAACAUGAUAAGGAUAUGAGUGGUUAUAUUGGUAAAGAAGAUAUCCUUGUUAUGCUUCUAAAUGCAGAUAAAGUAAAAGAAAAUGACCCAAUUUUUAAAACAAAUUUACGAUUCCUCAUUAACAUAAUUAAGGAAGCUGACAAAGAUGGUGAUCAAAAAAUUUCAUUUGAAGAAUUCAAAGAGUACAUUAACAAGGCCAACGAACAAUCAACAUAA